CUGCCUGCCAAGUAUAUCUUUGUUCGUGCCCUUCGCGACUCUGUCCAUCUUAACUCUAACUCAAAGACACACUGGAUGGUCUGGAUUGGUUGCACCUCUGCCACUGGCCUCGUCGCAUAUAUCAUUGCGAGUGCAAUCCCCAUCUUUGGGAGCCUUGUGUCCCUUAUUGGUGCCCUGUGCAUUACCUUCCUUGCCUUCCACCCAAUGGCCUGUAUGUGGCUUUAUGAUAACUGGUCUAAGGGAAAAGUUGAUAAACCUCUCCGAUGGAAGCUUAUGGUCGGUUGUGCCGAUAUUCCCUCCAUUGAGGAUAAUACCAGUAUCCCAGCCAGCCUCACCCGCCUUAUGCUCAACCAGCGACCUAAAUUCCUCACUGUAAAGAACUACCGUGAAUCCUACCACAACGGCGGGCUCGACCACAAGCUUGAGACGUUCUGGUUGAUUGUCGCUUGGCCGACUCUCGGCCAAGCUCUCUUCCAGAACUUGCCCAGUUCGUUCAGCUCGGGGCCGGCGAAGUGGGCAUUCUACUCUUACCAGGACCAAAAUGUCGCUGUUCUCCAAGGAUCAUUCAACCGAUCUGCUAUGGACGCUGUGCAUGAAGCUAAGGUGUCAAACGCGCAAUUAGCUGAAGCGAACAACUUUCUUAACUCGACGGAUUUCGUUGCUUACGAUGAGAAGUUCUUUGACAUCAUCGGACCUAGGGCACAAAUCAAGCAUGUUCAGCAUCUAGCAUACCAGACGCAUGAAGCCCCUUGCUACAAUCCUGAUUCUAAAGAACUCUUUUUUACUGAAUGGGGGCCGCCGGGGGGUGAUGAAGGUGUACACAGGUCACAAUAUCUACUUGAUACCAGAACCAACAAGCUGCGAAACAUAACCACAUCCCCCCCAACAGUAAAUGUGCAUGGCUGUGUGUUCUACAAGGAUGCAUUGUACGUGGUAACAGAUGGUGAUCAGAACGAGACUGGGGCGCUUAUCAAACUGAACCCCAAGACGUGGAAGAAAACAGUCCUACUCAAUAACUACUACCAACAACCCUUCAUGGGCUUCAAUGACCUUGAUAUCGAUCCCGAAGGGAAUUUCUGGCUCACAUAUUCCAAAUCUGGCGCUGGUCGAGAUAUUGUUCCGUUCACUCCACCGACGAACCCAACUGUCUAUUUUGUAAAUGGGACGACCCUGCGGCCGCGGCCAGUUCACAUAACCACGGGUAACUCCAACGGUAUCGCAGUUGCGUCUACAGAUAGCGGACGUGUUGUUUAUCUCCCGGAUACUGGCGUUUCCAGAUUCAAGCCUGUUUCCGUCAAGGAUCCGUACGGUGAUAGAGGGUUGCUAGCCUAUGAAGCGAGGGCGGGAGGGGUCCUAACAAAUAGAAGAUUGUUAAAUAAUCCCAUCGGGUAUUUUUAUGACGGAAUUCGCGUUUCCCGUAACGGCUGGAUUUUUGUCGGAUCCGGAGAUGGUGUGGACGUGAUUGAUCCAGAUACAGGCUUGGCACUGGGUAGCAUCCGCGUUGGAGGAGGGAAUAAUGUGGCGGUCAGUCUCGCGUUUGGUAGACAUGAUCUAUGGAUCGUCGGGCGAGGUGGCGUAUGGCAUGUUAGUGAAAUUAAUGACAGGCUGGAUAGGCCAUGGUAA